CGGAGUUUACAUCGGACGUCGAGUCCCCGGGAUACAACCAACCUUGGCUCGUCAUCCCAAUUCCAUCUCCAACUAGGCUUUCUUGCUACGUGCUUGCACAGAACCAAAAUGGAAGAACAUACUCCAGCCCCCCGGGGAAACAACCUCAAGCUCGCCGCAGUUCAAGCAGCCCCCGUUUUUCUCAACAAAGCAGCUACAACGCAGAAAGUCUGCUCCCUAAUCCUCGAGGCGGGGAAAAACGGCGCCGACGUGAUCGGGUUCCCCGAGUCUUUCAUCCCCGGCCACCCAGGAUGGGUAGAAGUCCUCCCUCUCAGCACAGGUCCCGCACAAUCCUUGUUUUGCCGCCUCUUCAACGAGUCGGUUGAGGUCCCAGGCCCGGAGGUCGAGGCCAUCCAGGCUGCAUGCCAAGAGGCGAACAUCUAUGCUGUCGUCGGGAUAACCGAGCGUCGCCCAGGCACGACGGGAACCCUGUACAAUACGCAACUAAUUAUCGGUCGGGACGGGACGCUGCUUCACAAGCACCAGAAGUACGUACCGACAGUGGGUGAGCGUCUAGUUCAUGCGCCAGGCGGUACCGGCAGCAAAGCCUCAGCCAAGACAGACUUCGGCUGCCUUAGCGGCCUCAUCUGCGGGGAGAACGGGAAUCCUCUGGCACAGUACUCACUGAGCCUCGACUAUCCCGUGGUGCACGUCGCAUCCUGGCCGCCACACUUUGCUCCCGGCGUGGAAGUGCAAGACGCCAUCCAAGCAAUCACACGGGGACUCGCAGUCUCGCUUUCCUGCUUCGUGAUCAAUUCAGUGGCGGCGGUGGACGAGGGCGCGAUCGAAGCUUAUGGGGUGAAUGACGAAAUUCGGAAAUUCUUGCGGUCAGAGCAGACGAAGAGGCGGGCCACGAUUGUGGGGUUGGGCGGUGUUGUGAUCGCCGGCCCGUUUGUCGAGGCGCAGGAAGGCAUACUGUAUGCCGAAGUUGAUACGGGCAGCGUGGUUGCUGCCAAGUAUGCCCUAGACUAUGCAGGGCAUUACAACCGUCCAGAGCUGUUUGCUCAUCACUUCAAGCAGUUCUUUGACUUGGCCUAGCAAAACCAAUAUCAGAUUUAGAGGUUGGGCUGAGAGGAGGCUGGGCAGUGGUUUAUUUGGUAGUAAUUACUGCGACUUAACUAAUUACUGUUCAUGUUGGCUGUAGAGGAAAGAGAG